AUAAAGAGUUUAAUUAAUAAACUAAUAGGUACUAACGGUAACGGUGUAAAAUAGUUUUACACGAUCGGCUAAUAAAUAACUAUUAUUUUGCCAUGUCAUGUCAAGAAAGUGGAAUGAAGUGAGGUGAUGUGGCAGAAAACAUUGUUGAUAUUGAUUGAUAGCAUAAAACUAUUUUAAACCGUCGGUGCAUAUUAAUUAAAUCUUAAUAUAAUUUUUUCUUUUUUUGGUUAUAUAGCAAGAAUUAGGGUUUGUAAACGUGAUCAUUCAAUUCAUCAUCAUCAUCAUCAACGAGAGUAGAAGAAUGGGCGGGUCGGUGCGAGACGUGAAGUCAAAGGCAGAGUUAGAUGAAGCGGUUAGCGGUGGUUCUCCCGUCGUGCUCCACUUCUGGGCAUCAUGGUGUGAAGCUUCUAAACACAUGGACCAACUCGUCUCUCAUUUAGCCACUGAUUUUCCUCAUACCCAUUUCUUAAGGGUUGAAGCUGAAGAACAACCUGAGAUAUCUGAGACUUAUUCUGUUUCUGCUGUUCCUUUUUUUGUCUUCUUCAAGGAUGGCAAGACCAUUGACACAUUGGAGGGAGCUGAUCCAUCAAGUUUAGCUAACAAGGUUUCUAAAGUAGCAGGCUCGAUUAACCCUGGUAGUGCUGCAUCACCUGCUAGUCUUGGGAUGGCUGCAGGAUCUGCUGUUCUCGAAACAGUGAAAGAAUUAGCACAAGAAAAUGGUUCUUCAAAGGAUAAAAGUAAAGUUCAACAAGGGCUUAGUAGUCAUCUGAAAAAGCGAUUACAGGAGCUUGUCGACUCUCAUCCUGUCUUGCUUUUCAUGAAGGGAAGUCCUGAAGAACCAAAAUGUGGAUUUAGCAGUAAAGUUGUUGAUAUUUUGAAGGAAGAAAAUGUGAAGUUUGGAAGUUUUGAUAUCCUCUCGGAUCCAGAGGUUCGUGAGGGCUUGAAGAAGUUUUCCAAUUGGCCCACAUUUCCUCAGCUUUACUGCAAAGGAGAACUUCUUGGCGGGUGUGACAUAGCAAUUGCUAUGCAUGAGAGUGGGGAAUUAAAGGAUGUUUUCAAAGAUCAUGGUAUUGAUACCAUUGAUAAAGCAGAUAUAACAGAUUCAGGAAACGCCAAGGGUGGCAUCUCUAAAUCUACUGAUUUGAGUACAACAUUAACCUCUCGGCUGGAAAGUCUGGUCAAUUCAGGCUCAGUUAUGUUGUUUAUGAAGGGAACACCAGAUGCACCUAAGUGCGGUUUCAGCAGGAAGGUGGUUGACAUUCUCCGACAAGAAAAUGUUCCCUUUGAGAGUUUUGACAUUCUUACUGAUGAAGAAGUCCGUCAAGGACUUAAGGUUUAUUCAAACUGGUCAAGUUAUCCUCAACUAUAUAUCAAGGGGGAGCUUAUUGGCGGAUCAGACAUAGUGUUGGAGAUGCAAAAAAGCGGGGAACUUCAGAAAACUUUACAGGAGAAAGGGAUUCUUCCAAAAGAGACCAUUGAAGAUCGUUUGAAGAAAUUGAUCGCCUCUUCCCCUGUGAUGCUCUUCAUGAAGGGUACCCCAGAUGCUCCAAGAUGUGGUUUUAGUUCCAAAGUUGUAAACGCCCUCCGAGAGGAGGGUGUGGUGGAUUUUGGUCACUUUGAUAUACUGAGUGAUGAUGAGGUGAGACAGGGAAUAAAGGUAUUCUCAAACUGGCCUACCUUUCCUCAGCUUUACUACAAAAGUGAACUGAUAGGCGGUUGCGAUAUCAUUUUGGAGCUGCGAAAUAAUGGAGAGCUGAAGUCAACUUUAUCUGAGUAGGUUUGUUGUUAAUCCUUCAAAUAAUUAAGAUUGUAUCUUAUAAGCCAUUUUAGCUGUGAGUAUUGAAUCGUCUCUGAUGAACAAGGCAAAUUUUAUCCUGGUGCCAUGAGGUUGUGUUUGUCUGACAUUAUAAUGUUUUACAUGGUUACUCUCUACUAUAUUUGAUAUGUGGCUGUUUUAUUCAA